UCUCGGAAGUCGCUGUUUCGAACGGCUCGUUCACGAAUUGCUCAUUUCUCCUUCCGGCGGAAGUAGUUGGUGUGUCAGCUGACACGUGACGUCACGGAGGUUCACCCGGAUGAAAGAUGGCGAACACCUAUGACACUUUUCUUUUGCUCACCACACCUGAUACCUUUUACCUGGAGGCUUGUGACCAUGGCUGUGGGGACGUGUUGGCCAUCGAUAGGGUGUCAACCGACAUGACUCUCACCGUAAAGAAGGACAUUCCUGCAUCAGCCGAGACCAGGCCAAUAUGUGGAGUCAUGGGGACCGUGCGUCUGGUGGCAGGUAUGUACCUGAUUGUCAUCACCGAGAAGACCAAGGUGGGCGAUCUCUUUGGCCACGCCGUAUGGAAGGCUUUGGAUUUUGACAUCAUCUCCUACAAGAAGACAAUAAUACAUCUAACAGACAACCAGAUGCAAGACAGCAAGACCUACUUGUCCAUGAUCAACAAUGUCCUCCGUACAGCCAGCUUCUACUUUGCAACAGACUAUGAUCUUACCCACACUCUGCAGCGGCUGGCCAACACCAGUCCUGAAUUUCAGGAGAUGAGCCUCCUGGAGAGGGCGGAUCAGCGUUUUGUUUGGAAUGGCCAUCUGCUGAGGGAGUUCAUUGCACAGCCAGAGUUGCACAAGUUUGUAUUUCCUGUCAUCCAUGGAUUCAUCACCAUGAAGUCCAGUUGCAUCAACGGCAAAGUCUUUGACUGGACUAUUAUCUCAAGGAGAAGCUGCUUCAGAGCUGGUGUGCGAUACUACGUCCGAGGGAUCGACUCCGAGGGCCAUGCUGCCAACUAUGUGGAGACGGAGCAGAUCGUGCAGUGCAACACUGCCAAGGCUUCCUUUGUUCAGACCAGAGGCUCGAUCCCCUUCUACUGUCAAAGGCCUAACCUCAAGUACAAGCCGAGACCACAGAUCAGCAAAACCGUCAACCAUCUGGAUGGAUUCCAGAGACACUUUGACUCCCAGAUUCUUCUUUACGGCAAACAAGUCAUCUUGAACCUGAUCAACCAGAAGGGCUCAGAAAAGCCACUGGAGCAGGCCUUUGAAAAGAUGGUGGCCAGCCUUGGAAACGGCACCAUCAAGUACGUGGCAUUUGACUUCCACAGGGAGUGCAGUCGGAUGAGGUGGCAUCGCCUCCAGCUCUUGUUGGACAUGGUUGCUGAGCUCCAAGAGGAAUUUGGGUAUUUCCUGGUGGAUUCAGACGGGAAGGUACUGUUGAACCAGGAGGGGGCAUUCCGGAGCAACUGCAUGGACUGUCUGGACCGUACCAAUGUCAUCCAGAGUUUGCUGGCCAGACGCUCGCUACAGUCACAGCUCCGGAGAAUGGGCAUCCUCCACGCCAACCAGCACUUGGAGGACCAAGCAGAUUUUGAGAAGAUGUACAAGAAUGCUUGGGCAGACAACGCAGAUGCUUGCGCCAAACAAUAUGCGGGCACCGGGGCCUUGAAGACCGACUUCACCAGGACCGGCAAGAGGACUCAGUGGGGGCUGCUGAUGGACGGCUGGAACUCCAUGAUCCGGUAUUACAAGAACAACUUCUCCGAUGGCUUUCGACAGGACUCCAUCGACCUGUUCCUGGGCAACUUUGCUGUGGAUGAAGGCGAUACCAUGACACCAUUGCAAGAGCCCAAGGACUGGAAGUUUCUGACGUUGCCGAUCAUCAUGGUGGUGGCAUUCUCCAUGUGCAUCAUCUGCUUGCUCAUGGCCGGCGACACCUGGACCGAGACUCUGGCUUACGUUUUGUUCUGGGGGACAGCCAGCGUGGUGACCGGCGGCCUGAUCCUCUUCAACGGGCGGGACUUUGUGGACGCGCCCAAGCUGGUCCAGAAAGAGAAGCUGGACUGAAUGUGUGUGUGUGGAAAGCAGCUCACCACCUCAUCAUCGCCUUACCCCCAGCAGCAUCAUCAUCAUCAUCAGGCCUGGAGCCUGUACUAGCACCAGAGGAGCCUGUACUAGCACCAGAGGAGCCUGUACUAGCACCAGAGGAGCAUGUACUAGCACCAGAGGAGCCUGUACUAGCACCAGAGGAGCCUGUACUAGCACCAGAGGAGCCUGUACUAGCACCAGAGGAGCCUGUACUAGCGCCAGAGGCUGGAGUGGAGGAAGGUGAGGUCAGCGGCUGCUAUCCACACUGUUCUUAUGUACCAUCAAGUUCUGGGGGUUUAUGUACAUAUUCAUAUAUAUAUUUGUGUGUGUGUGUAUUUAUAUACUUAUAUAUAUAUAUACACGUGUGUGUAUAUAUAUAUAUAUACCUAUAAAUACACAUGUGUGUGUGUGUGUGUAUAUAUAUAUAUAUAUAUAUACACAUAUAUAUAUAUAUAUGUAUAUACGUGCAUAUAUGUAUAUAUAUACUGUAUAUACAUACAUGUAUAUAUAUAUAUGUAUAUGUGUAUAUAUGUGUAUUAGGGUUAGGUUGGGAAAAUGACUCAGCUUCCAGUCAGCUGAAGUCCUUGAAGUCCUUGUUGUAAUGACUAUUGAAAUUGCUUGAUUGCAAAGUACUACAAGACUACACACUUUGAAGGGUUUGAUCAUUAGGUUGUGUUCAAUGAGUACUCAUUCCAUCACUUCAAGUGUAAUUACAAGAUGCUGAAUGUAAACUUCCUUCCCUUUUUCAGAACACGUCCUAUAUAUUCCUCUACAUGUAUAAAUACACACCCCACGCAUGUAUUCAGACUCCUUUAUCAUCAUUCCUACUUUUUGUUUCCUAUUUGUCAAGUUCAGCGGGACAAAGAUCAGGCAAGACCUUGGACACCCC